AUGUCUAGCAACAACAUCUUUGACGAAAUCGACGCCUUUCUCGUCGCCGGCAAGCCCAGCGGCACCACACCCGCCAAUGUCCUCGCUGAGCUCGGCGCCACCUCCGUGUCCCUUGCCGUGCUGGACGGCGGCAAAAUCACGUCUCGCUGCUACUCCAACUACGGAUACAAUGAGCAGACGGUGUACCAGGCAGCCAGCAUCUCCAAGGCCAUCAACAGCCUCGCGGUGAUGCGCCUCGUCGAGCAGGGCCGCCUCGCGCUGACCAGCACCGUAAAGGACGUCCUCCCGCAGGACCUCGUCGCCCUGCUCACGGAGGGGUCCCCGGCGGCGCAGCGCCCGUUAAUUGAAGGCAUCACGGUGAAGCAGCUGCUCAGCCAUACCGCUGGGCUCUCUGUGUCCGGCAUCCACGGCAACACUGGCGACGAGGAUCUGCCCACGACCAAGGAGUCCAUUGCGGGCUCGCUGCGGGCCAGCAACCCGCGCGUACGACAGGUCGAGCUACCAGGCACCACGUAUCGCUACAGCGGCGGUGGCAUUACUGUUCUACAAGCAAUGAUGGAGACUGUUACAGGGCAUCAUUACCCAGACUUGAUGCGCGAGCUUGUGCUGGAGCCGCUGGGCAUGGCGCGCUCGUGGUACGGCGUGCUACCGCAGGACGAGGAGAAUGCUGCGAGUGUCUACGUUACGGCGCUGCAGCCGUUUCCGAUCAAGCACUUUAAUUUUCCUACUAUGGCGGCAGCUGGGCUCUGGACGACGCCGUCGGACCUGCUGCGAGCGAUAGCGGCGGUGCAGGCGUCGCUGGAUGGGGAGGAGGGUGCGUUUCUUAAGCAGGAUACGGCGAGGGCGAUGCUGGAGGAGGUCGACUCGGACGUUGCGCUGUCGUGGUUUCUGAAGAAGGAUGAGAAUGACAAGCCGGCGUGGUUCUCACAUAGUGGCCAUAACUACCCCGGCUUUUUUAGUCUGGUGAUUGGGUCUACGGAUCACUUGGGCAGUGCGGAGAUGCCAAAGAAUUGCGGUGUGGCCUUCAUGACAAACUCGGAAGAUGGCGCUAAUGUAGGGCAUAUGCUUGCCGUGGCCGUGGCCCAUCGCAAGGGCUGGCCCAUGUCGUGGGUUAGAAAGACCUGGAGCAUGCCGCUGGGAUUGUCGGGGCAGUUGGCUGGCUCGCGAUGGAAGGCGUGGGAGGGCGUGUGGACGGAUAAGGAUGGGAAGCAUACGUAUGAGAUGAAGGCGUUGGAGGGGGGUGAACCGGGGUUAGUGUUUGAUGGGGUUGGGUCGCUUCAGUUGGUUCCUGCUGCCGGGCGCAGGCUGAAGAAGGAAAAUGGGUAUGAAGAGUUUGUGGUGGAGGGUAUGGAAGUAGUGAUGACGCUUGAGGAGGAGAAGGAUGGUGGUGAGAAGGUUGUGAAGUUGUCGCAGGAUGCUGGGACGGUGGAGUUGACCAGGGCGAAGUGA